AAUAUUUAUGUUUAUUAUUAUUAUUAACAACAUUAAUGAAAACCACUUUUUUAGAGUGAGAAAAUUGAAAUCUCUUUAUACUUACAAAAAUAACACAAUUUAUAUAACCCAAAGCAUGGCUUGAAUAAUUUAUACGCUGGCUAUGAAAUUGUGAGGUUAUGUUGACAUACAAUUUACACUUUUGUAAACUGGCACUUUUUUUGAUGAAACCAUUAGGGAAACGAAAAUGUCGAAUUUGAAAUCCUCCAAGAAAUUUUCUUACAUGACAUCUUUCCCCAAGCAAGUCCACGAAUGCAAAGUAUGCCCUUCCUUUACAACGUCGGUAUUUUCGAUGGUCGACCAUAUGAGGCGCUACCACUCAUCAAUGGUACUUUUUAACUGUGAAAAAGCCACAAUUGAGACUUACCACUGCAAAAACUGCAACUUCCACACAAAACUGACACUUUUUUUUAAGCAACAUGUUAAUGAAUGUUUUGGAAUUAAAACAGAGAAGGAUUCAACGAACGAGGAAUACGCCAUUAAAAACUAUAUUUGUGGAAAUUGCAACUUUGAAACUUAUUUCAUAAUUAAGUGGCUUCAGCACACUGCUACAUGUGUCAGAGAUGAAGAAAAAAAACCUACAUGGUUUAACUGUGAUAAUAGUGAGAACAAGAAUGAAAUACUUUGGUUUUACUGUGCAAAGUGUUCCUACAAAAGUAUACACAAAAGGUCGUUACGUAGACACAUUUCUAGACAGCAUGGACCAGAUAUUAAACAAUACGGAUGCAAGGAAUGUUCAUACAAAACUAAAAACAGAUCUUGUUUAACCUAUCACAUCAAUCGGUUCCAUGUAGAUGAAAAAGAUAUUAAAUGGUAUAAGUGCAACAAGUGUCCAUACAAAUCAAAACAAAGAGGACACUUAAACAGACACAUGAUCAAGCAUUAUUCCGACGAACAAAAUAUCAAAUGGCACGAAUGUGACAAGUGCCCCUACAAAUCCAAAAGAAGUGACGUUUUAAAAAAGCACAUAAACACGCGACACUUGGACGUACAAACAAUUAAAUGGUACGAAUGCAAAAAGUGCCCAUACAAAGCCAAACAAAACGGUAAUUUAAGCAGACACAUAAAGGAGCACCAUUUAAAUGAACAAGAAUUUAAAUGGUACGAAUGCAAACAAUGUCCCUACAAAACAAAACAAAACGCGUCUUUGAAUAAACACAUGAUUGCUCGCCACUUGGAUGAACAAGAUAUUAAAUGGUAUGAAUGCAGAAAGUGCCCUUACAAAGCUAAACAAGAAGGCACUUUGAAAAAUCACAUAAUCGCGCAACAUUUGGAUGGGAAAGAUAUUGAAUGGGACGAAUACAAAAACGGGCCUUUGAAAGCUAAGAAUUAUACGAAAAAGCGCAUUUCGGGGGAGACUAAAUUGUUUGAGUGCAGCAAGUGCGAAUAUAAAGCUAGGCAGAAGGCGUCGUUGGAUAAACACAUAAAUGCGCGUCAUUUGGAUGAGAAGGAUAUUAAGUGGUAUGAAUGCGCAAAGUGUACAUAUAAAGGUAAAGAAAGGUCGAGUUUGAUAAAUCACAUAAAUGCGCGCCACUUGGAUGAAAAAUUUGUUAAAUGGUAUAAGUGCAACAAGUGUGUUUUUAAGUCUAAAUGGAAAUUUGUGUUGAGGAGACAUAUAAGUGCACUUCAUUUGGGGGAACAGGCUAUUAAGUGGUCGGAGUAUAAAAAAUGACGUGAAUGCGUUAAGUGGAAACGUAAAGGUUGGGUAAAGAGGAUUCAAAACGUCUUCCAUGAGUUGCCUACUUUGUUUGUCUUUACGUUGCAUUUCUAAAAUUUAUUCCAUUUAUUUUGAUUAGCCACAGGUUAUACUGUAUUUUUUUUG